ACAGCCCAGGCUGAAAAACUCAGUUAAUAUAGUAGUUUGCAGCACUUUGCGUCGGCGUUUCAGAUUUGGUGGAAUUGUUUUAUAAUUUCGGGUUCUUUUUUAUUUAUUACGACUUUUUCUUCUUUAACCAAAUCUUGAGCCGUGCAUAGUAAGAUAUUGACUUAUAAAUCUUCAUGUUGUGUUGGAUUUUGAUAAAUUUGAACAAUCGGUUCUUGUUGGGUUUGAUCUCUGGAGAAUCGGUUGUUAUAUAAAGUUGAACGGUGUGAAAUUUGACAGAUCUAGUUUUUUUUUGGUUAAAAGAUAUCUGGGUUGUUCUUAAUUGAUUAUAUCCUAUAUAAAUCGGCGAAUAAUAAUAGAAAAAUAAGUGAAAAAACUGUCUGUAAAGAAUGUCGAUUGCGUCGGGAUCUGGGAUUCAGGUUAGGAGCAACGCCGGAAGUGAGUUGGUGGUGAAGCAAUGCGGGAGUCACCAGCUGAAUGCGGUGGCGGCGUUGAGUAGGGUGGGGGUGAACAGAAGAGCUAGGGUCUCGAGCGGGUUGGUGAAGAGGAACGUCGGUGGUUUAGAGAACAGAUUCAUAUCCGGAACGGUGGUUCGGCGAGGCGUUUCGGGUUUGGGCUCGGAAAGGUUGCAUAUUUGGCGCACGGAAGGGCCUGGCAAGGCGCCGAAGCUGGUGGUGAAGAAUGCUUUGUCUCAGGUGCCGGAGAUGCCGCUCGGGCUGUACGAUCCUUCGUUUGAUAAGGACUCUUGUGGGGUCGGGUUCGUGGCUGAACUCUCCGGUGAAAGCAGCCGUAAAACGGUUACUGAUGCUAUAGAGAUGUUGGUACGAAUGUCACAUAGAGGUGCAUGUGGUUGUGAGACAAAUACUGGGGAUGGAGCUGGAAUUCUUGUGGCUCUUCCUCACGAUUUCUACAAGGAGGCUGCUAAGGAAGCAGGAUUUGAGCUUCCUCCACCUGGUGAAUAUGCAGUGGGCAUGUUUUUCUUGCCCACUUCCCAAAGUCGGAGGGAACAGAGCAAAAUUGUAUUCACAAAGGUUGCAGAAUCCCUCGGGCAUACUGUCCUUGGCUGGCGGCCUGUCCCCACGGAUAACUCAGGGUUGGGCAAGUCUGCUUUGCAGACAGAGCCAAUAAUUGAGCAAGUGUUUCUUACACGUACUCCCAAGUCAAAGGCUGAUUUCGAGCAACAGAUGUACAUAUUACGAAGAGUUUCAAUGGUAGCUAUCCGAGCUGCAUUAAACCUGCAACAUGGUGGCGUGAGAGAUUUCUAUAUAUGUUCUCUUUCCUCAAGGACUAUUGUCUACAAAGGUCAGUUGAAGCCCAAUCAGUUGAAGGAAUACUACUACGCUGAUCUUGGAAAUGAAAGGUUUACGAGCUACAUGGCCCUGAUACACUCUAGGUUUUCAACAAACACAUUUCCCAGCUGGGAUCGUGCUCAGCCCAUGCGUGUCCUGGGACACAAUGGAGAAAUAAACACACUACGGGGGAAUGUAAACUGGAUGAAGGCUCGGGAAGGACUUUUGAAGUGCAAGGAGCUAGGCUUGUCAAAGAUGGAGAUGAAGAAGCUUCUACCAAUUGUGGAUGCCAGUUCAUCGGAUUCAGGAGCAUUUGAUGGGGUACUCGAGCUUUUGGUCAGAGCUGGCAGAAGUCUUCCCGAGGCUAUAAUGAUGAUGAUUCCCGAAGCUUGGCAAAACGAUAAGAACAUGGACCCUCAUCGAAAGGCUUUAUAUGAGUACUUCUCAGCCCUUAUGGAACCAUGGGAUGGCCCUGCUCUCGUAUCAUUUACUGAUGGACGAUAUCUUGGAGCAACCUUGGAUCGAAAUGGAUUGCGACCAGGUCGUUUUUAUAUAACACAUAGUGGCCGAGUUAUCAUGGCAAGUGAAGUUGGAGUAGUUGAUAUUCCACCUGAAGAUGUCAGCAAGAAAGGAAGACUUAAUCCUGGCAUGAUGCUCCUUGUAGACUUUGAGAAGCAUGUUGUUGUGGAUGAUGAUGCCUUGAAGCAGCAAUAUUCACUUGCAAGACCUUAUGGGAAAUGGCUAGAAAGGCAAAAGCUGGAAUUGAAAGACAUAGUUGAAUCUAUUCAGGAAUCUGUCAGGGUUCCUCCACCCAUACAAGGAGUUUUACCAGCAUCUUCUGAUGAUGACAUGGAAAACAUGGGUAUCCAUGGUUUAUUGGUACCUUUAAAGGCUUUCGGUUACACCACUGAAGCCUUGGAGAUGCUGUUAUUACCCAUGGCGAAGGAUGGCAUUGAGGCCCUCGGUUCAAUGGGAAAUGAUGCUCCAUUGGCUGUGAUGUCUGACAGAGAGAAGCUCACAUUUGAGUAUUUCAAACAGAUGUUCGCUCAAGUCACAAAUCCUCCUAUCGAUCCAAUCCGUGAAAAGAUUGUUACUUCUAUGCAAUGCAUGGUUGGUCCAGAAGGUGAUCUCACAGAGACCACAGAAGAGCAGUGUCACCGCCUGUCACUCAAAGGGCCUCUUUUAUCCAUUGAAGAGAUGGAAGCAAUUAAGAAGAUGAACUACAGAGGCUGGCAAAGCAAAGUUCUCGAUAUCACUUACUCGAAGGAUCGGGGCAGGAAUGGUUUGGAGGAGACCUUGGAUAGGAUAUGUUCUGAAGCACACAAUGCUAUUAAGGAGGGUUACACAACACUUGUGCUCUCUGACAGAGCCUUCUCAUCUAAGCGUGUUGCUGUGAGCUCCCUGUUGGCCGUUGGUGCUGUACAUCAUCAUUUAGUUAAGAAGCUUGAGCGAACUCGGGUUGCAUUGAUCGUUGAAUCUGCUGAGCCCCGUGAAGUACACCAUUUUUGUACACUCGUGGGAUUUGGGGUAGACGCUAUUUGCCCUUAUUUGGCUAUAGAAGCCAUUUGGAGACUGCAACAUGAUGGAAAAAUUCCUCCUAAAGCCAAUGGUGAGUUCCACUCAAAGGAUGAGCUGGUCAAGAAAUACUUCAAAGCAAGCAACUAUGGUAUGAUGAAGGUCCUUGCGAAGAUGGGGAUAUCAACUUUGGCCUCGUACAAGGGUGCUCAGAUAUUUGAGGCUGUAGGCCUCUCCUCAGAAGUAAUGGAAAGAUGCUUCAAUGGAACUCCAAGCAGAGUUGAAGGUGCCACUUUUCAGGCGCUUGCACAUGAUGCGCUUCAGUUGCAUGGUCUUGCUUUUCCAACACGCACAUUACCUCCUGGAAGUGCAGAGGCUGUAGCGCUUCCAAAUCCCGGAGAUUAUCAUUGGAGAAAAGAUGGUGAGAUUCAUCUUAACGAUCCCCUUGCCAUAGCAAAAUUGCAAGAUGCUGCCAGAACUAACAGUGUGGCUGCCUACAAAGAGUAUUCUAAACGCAUUCAAGAAUUGAACAAGUCCUGCAAUUUAAGGGGUCUUCUUAAAUUUAAAGGGACUGAAGCAAAGGUUCCUUUGGAAGAAGUAGAACCUGCCAGUGAGAUUGUAAAACGUUUUUGUACUGGAGCCAUGAGCUACGGAUCUAUAUCACUGGAAGCACACACAACUUUAGCAAUUGCCAUGAACAAGCUAGGGGGAAAGUCAAAUACAGGUGAAGGUGGUGAACAACCAUCUCGUAUGGAGCCUCUUCCUGAUGGUUCAAGAAAUCCAAAGAGGAGUGCAAUUAAGCAGGUAGCGAGUGGAAGAUUUGGAGUUUCAAGUUAUUACCUUACGAAUGCUGAUGAAUUACAGAUAAAAAUGGCUCAGGGAGCAAAGCCGGGAGAAGGUGGUGAACUUCCAGGCCACAAGGUCAUUGGGGACAUUGCUGUCACUAGGAACUCAACUGCUGGUGUGGGUCUAAUUAGCCCUCCUCCCCAUCAUGAUAUCUAUUCAAUUGAAGAUCUUGCUCAAUUGAUUCAUGACCUCAAGAAUGCCAAUCCAGGGGCUCGUAUAAGUGUGAAGUUGGUUUCUGAGGCUGGUGUUGGAGUUAUUGCUAGUGGCGUUGUCAAGGGUCACGCUGAUCAUGUUCUAAUCUCUGGUCAUGAUGGAGGUACAGGGGCCUCAAGAUGGACUGGUAUCAAGAGCGCUGGCGUUCCAUGGGAACUUGGUCUUGCAGAGACCCAUCAAACCCUAGUUGCUAAUGACCUUCGGGGUCGAACUGUUCUUCAGACGGAUGGUCAACUAAAAACCGGGAGAGAUGUGGCCAUAGCUGCACUUCUUGGUGCAGAGGAGUUUGGUUUUAGUACUGCUCCUCUUAUUACGCUUGGCUGCAUCAUGAUGCGGAAGUGCCACAAAAACACUUGUCCAGUAGGGAUUGCCACCCAGGAUCCAGUUCUCAGAGAAAAGUUUGCCGGUGAGCCAGAACACGUUAUAAAUUUUUUCUUCAUGCUGGCGGAAGAGCUGAGGGAAAUAAUGUCUCAACUUGGGUUUCGAACAAUUAACGAAAUGGUUGGCCGUUCAGACAUGCUUGAAUUGGAUAAAGAUUUGGCCAAGAACAAUGAGAAGCUAAAGAAUAUUGAUCUGUCCUUGUUACUGCGACCAGCUGCUGAUAUUCGUCCAGAAGCUGCUCAGUAUUGUGUGCAGAAACAGGAUCAUGGUUUGGACAUGGCUCUGGAUAACGAACUAAUAGCUUUGUGCAGACCUGCUUUAGAGAAAACACUCCCUGUGUACAUUGAGUCACCUAUCUGCAAUAUAAAUCGGGCUGUUGGAACCAUGCUAAGCCAUGAAGUCAGUAAGCACUACCACUUGUCGGGACUUCCUCACAAUACAAUUCAUGUCAAACUCAGCGGAAGUGCGGGCCAAAGUCUUGGAGCUUUUCUGUGUCCUGGCAUUACAUUGGAACUUGAAGGUGACAGCAACGACUAUGUUGGCAAAGGGUUAUCAGGUGGAAAAGUUAUUGUUUAUCCUCCGAAAGGAAGCAAUUUUGACCCCAAGGAAAACAUAAUAAUUGGAAAUGUAGCUCUUUACGGAGCUACUAAUGGGGAGGCAUAUUUUAAUGGGAUGGCCGCAGAAAGAUUUUGUGUUCGCAAUAGUGGGGCCAAAGCAGUUGUGGAAGGUGUGGGUGAUCACGGAUGUGAGUACAUGACUGGUGGAAUUGUUGUUGUGCUGGGAAAGACAGGUAGGAACUUUGCUGCUGGAAUGAGUGGGGGCAUUGCCUAUGUUCUCGAUGUGGAUUCCAAGUUCCGAUCGCAAUGCAACCUUGAGUUGGUAGAUCUUGAUCCAGUAGAAGAUGACGACGUUAUGACACUCAGAAUGAUGAUACAACAGCAUCUGCGUCACACUAACAGUCAAUUAGCUAAAGAAGUGCUUGCCGAUUUUGAGACUCUCUUGCCUAAAUUUGUAAAGGUUUUCCCCCGAGAUUACAAACGAAUUCUAGCAAUCACACAAGAGAAAGAAUCUGCAAAAGCAGCUGCCGAUCGUGCUGCCAAAGAAGUUGAGGUGCAGGAAGAGGAAGAGUUGGAGAAAGAUGCUUUUGAAGAGCUUAAGAAGCUGGCAGCUACAUCAUUGAACAGAAAAGACAGUUCGACAGAGGAGGAUAAACAAUCUAAGAGACCUACUAAGAUUCCAGAUGCUGUGAAGCACCGAGGUUUCGUUGCCUAUGAGCGAGAGAGCAUUUCGUACAGAGAUCCUAAUAUUCGGAUGAAUGACUGGAAAGAAGUCAUGGAAGAAUUAAAACCGGGCCCACUUUUGAAGACACAAUCUGCUCGUUGUAUGGACUGUGGCACUCCUUUUUGUCAUCAGGAGCAUUCUGGAUGCCCACUUGGAAAUAAAAUUCCCGAAUUCAAUGAGUUGGUGUACCAAAAUAGAUGGCGUGAAGCGUUAGAUAGGCUCUUGGAGACCAAUAACUUCCCUGAGUUCACGGGCCGGGUAUGCCCUGCACCUUGUGAAGGGGCUUGUGUCCUUGGAAUUAUCGAAAAUCCCGUCUCUAUCAAAAGUAUGGAGUGUGCUAUAAUAGACAAAGCUUUUGAGGAGGGAUGGAUGGUGCCACGACCUCCCCUGAAGAGAACCGAGAAAAAAGUUGCCAUUAUUGGAAGUGGGCCUGCCGGUUUAGCUGCUGCUGACCAGUUAAAUAAAAUGGGUCAUACUGUGACUGUUUUUGAGCGUUCCGACAGAAUUGGUGGUCUAAUGAUGUAUGGGGUGCCUAACAUGAAGGCCGAUAAAGUCGAUAUCGUCCAGAGACGGGUUAACCUCAUGGAGAAGGAAGGUGUAAACUUUGUGGUAAAUGCUAAUGUUGGAAAGGAUCCUGCAUACUCGCUCGAUCAGCUUCGUGAGGAUCAUGAUGCUAUUGUUUUGGCUGUAGGAGCCACAAAUCCAAGGAACCUCCUUGUUCCUGGACGAGAACUGUCUGGAGUACAUUUUGCAAUGGAGUUUCUUCAUGCUAAUACAAAAAGCUUGCUUGAUAGCAAUCUCAAGGAUGGUAAGUAUAUCUCUGCCAAGGGUAAGAAGGUAGUGGUAAUUGGUGGGGGUGAUACCGGUACAGAUUGUAUUGGAACAUCUAUCAGACAUGGUUGCAGCAGCAUCGUAAAUCUAGAGCUUCUCCCUGAGCCACCACGAACCCGAGCUCCUGGAAACCCUUGGCCUCAGUGGCCCCGCAUAUUCCGUGUAGAUUAUGGGCAUCAAGAAGCUGCUUCGAAGUUUGGCAAGGAUCCUAGAUCUUAUGAGGUUAUGACGAAGCGUUUUGUUGGAGAUGAGAAUGGAGUGGUGAAAGGACUGGAGCUUGUGCGUGUCCAUUGGGAGAAGGAUGCAAGUGGGAAGUUUUCAUUUAAAGAAGUUGAAGGCAGUGAGGAGAUCAUUGAAGCUGAUCUAGUCUUACUAGCCAUGGGAUUCCUGGGGCCUGAGUCGACUCUACCCGAAAAACUGGGCUUGGAGAGAGACAAUAGGUCGAACCUCAAAGCUGAGUACGGACGCUUCUCAACCAAUGUGGACGGGAUUUUUGCCGCCGGGGAUUGCCGCCGCGGUCAAUCUCUGGUCGUGUGGGCAAUUUCCGAAGGUCGACAAGCAGCUGCACAAGUCGACAAUUACCUAAUGAAAGACGAGAAUGAUGUCGAAAUUAGCACAGAGAGACAGGAAGAAUCGAUAAAGACACAACAAGAUAUCAACAGACGAGCAGUUAUGAUGUAGUCGGCCUUAGUUUCACUUCAUACAAUGUUGUCUGAAGCAGGGGAAGGACACGCCAUAGACUAAUCAUCUGUCCAAUAAUGAAGGAUAGAAGCAGAACUGACAGAAAGAUCGAUAGAAAAUUUCAUGGUAGAAAUGUUCUAGUCGGGAUUUAGGCGUUAGGAUUCUGAUAGUUAUAUUCUGGUGUUUAUAGAUUUGCAAGUGUUGGGUGCUUAAAUUUGGCUACUGUGCCAGAUUAAACAAAUAAUGUACAGUCAUUGUUUUUUGAAUGUUUUGACGGAAAUGAAUAUAUGGGGGAAUUCUAGUAGAAUGAGCAUUUUUAGUUAUUA